GGGGGGGGGGAGAGAAGAAUUGGGGACCUUCUGGACGAGGACAGGCGGGCGCAGGCUCCACUUGGGCUGAGACUGAGAGCGAGAAGAAGGAGCCGGGGGAGCCGCGGGAGGGGGGACCUUUCCCGGGGCGGCGGCGGCGGCUCCCCGAAGGAGCGAUGUCCCCUCCGGGCCGCGCUCCUGCUCCUCCUGCUGCUGCCGCGGGUGGCGGCGCCGUGGUCCCGCAUCCCCCGGGACCGGCCCCCCAUGGGAUGUAGCCGCGGCGGGCUUCUCCGGGCGCACGUCGGGGGGCUGCUGGGUGCGCGCGCCCCUCCCCGCGCCCCGCUGCUGCUCACCAUGCUGCUGCUCUUCAGCUACUUCUUCUACUGCCUCACCGGCUCCUGCGAGUCCCUCCGUCCGGGGGGAGCGGGCCUGAUCCGACAAGCGCAGCCGCACGACGAAGGGAACCCCCCGCACAAGCUCCUCUUGUUGCUCCCGGGACUGGUCGGGGACGCAGCCGCCGCCGCCGCCGCCGCCGGGGAGGACGAGGAGUCGGCGGCCGGCGGAGCCAGGCUGGAAGAGGAGGACAACGACGGGGGGGACGGCCGGAUCGGGAGCCCCUCGGCCGGAGGAGGCUUGCCCGUGGCCAACGGCUUUGGGAGUAAAAAGUUUCCGCAGGCCAUCAUCGUGGGCGUCAAGAAAGGCGGCACCCGAGCGCUGCUGGAGUUCCUGCGCAUCCACCCGGACGUCCGAGCCGUCGGGGCCGAGCCGCAUUUCUUCGACAGGUGCUACGAGAAAGGGCUGCUUUGGUACAGAAACUUGAUGCCCCGCACCUUGGAGGGACAGAUCACCAUGGAGAAGACGCCGAGCUACUUUGUGACCAAGGAAGCCCCCCGGCGCAUUUACAACAUGUCCAGGGACACCAAGCUGAUUGUGGUCGUGCGCAACCCGGUGACGCGGGCCAUUUCAGACUACACUCAGACCCUUUCCAAGAACCCCACCAUCCCUAGCUUCCAAGCCUUGGCCUUCAAGAACAUCAGCACGGGCCUCAUCGACACCACCUGGAGUGCUGUGCGGAUCGGCAUUUAUGCCAAACACCUGGACAGCUGGCUGCGGUAUUUCCCUCUGUCCAAGUUCCUCUUUGUCAGCGGGGAGAGGCUGGUGAGCGACCCAGCCGGGGAGAUGGCCCGCAUCCAAGACUUUCUGGGGAUCAAGCGGGUGGUGACGGACAAGCACUUCUACUUCAACGAGACUAAGGGCUUCCCUUGCUUGAAGAAGCCCGAAGGGAGCAGCCGACCCCGGUGCCUAGGGAAAUCCAAAGGGAGGCCGCACCCCAAAAUCGACCCGCAGGUCAUCCACCGCCUGCAGGAGUUCUACAGACCCUUUAACAUGAAAUUUUACCAGAUGACAGGGCAGGACUUUGGCUGGGACUGAUGGAGAGACCCCUUCACGUGACAGGGGGAAAGUUGAACUUGCUAGAGGGUGGAAUGGCCCUAUUCCCAGCAGCCUGCUGAAUGCUGCAGGCCCCUCCCACACACAGUCAUAGGGCAAGGAACGUCUGAAAUGGGUCUCGGGUCAGGGGGGGACGUCUCCUUUUCUUUAUAAUUUAUAUCACCUCUUGCCAGUAAGGAAGAAAUGUACGCUUACCGAGUAGAGAGAAAGUAUUUAAGUUUUGUUUUUGUUUCGUUUUUUAACCACCAUCAGCAACAGAAGAGAUCAAGUCCAGGAAACCCAGAUCUGACGAAAUAUUCUGCUGAAUAAACCUGGCUAAUAUAGACAAGGCAUGGAAGUUUUUGAAGGAAUGUGAGUGAAUGAGAAUGCGAGCAAGGGAGGAAGAACGCAGAACACAGCCUUGACUAAUGGCACAGCCCACUAUGUUCUUCUCCACACAUCCUUUGGGAUGAAUCCAACUUUAGUCUUGCUCAGGGUCAGCCUUUUGAUAUUGAUGGACAUAACUAAUGUUGAGCCACUGAUUUCAAUUGAUGUGCUCUGGGCAGAACUAAGGCCACAUUCAAACCAUACAUUUAAAGCACUAGGGUCCCAUAAACAGGCAUAGCUCCCUCUCCAAAAGAAUUCUGGGAGCUGUAAUUUGUUAAAGGAGCUGAGAGUGAUUAGGAGAAUCCUGUUUCCCCCAGAACUAGUUUAAGAAUCAGCCCCUCUCCCUGAGGAACACUGGGAAUUGUAAUUCUCUGAGUGGAAUAAGAGUCUCCUAACGGCUCUCCCAGUUCAUCCACCUGGGAGACGAUCAGUGUUCUCCAAGUGGCAUGUGAGAAGAGCCUCCUUCUGUGCUAAUAAUGUUCUAAGAUGUGGAGCAAGCAGGCCAGCACGUUCUGGCCCACUUGACCACUGCAACAAGUGGAUAUCAUAAGAUGCACAACUACACACAAAGUUGCCCCACACAUGCCCAGAAUCUGCAUCUAUGAUCAAAGAACACUGAGCAAGGAAGUGGUAGGUUCAUAAAAGGCUCAGUGGUGAACUCUGAAGUCACUUCCACACCAUAUAUUUUAAGCAUUGUUAUACCACUUUGAACAGUCAUAGAAUUGUGGGAACUGCAGGUUGUCAAGGGCACUGAAAGUUGUUCAGGGAGCCCUAUUCCUGUCACAGAGCUACAGUUUCCAGAGGGGUUCAACAAUCAGUCCUUCUUCCCUAGGAACUCUUGGAAUUGAAGCCCUGUAAAGGGAAUAGGGGGUCUCCUAACAACUUUUAAGCAUUGUGGGUGUUCAUUUCACUCUUGGCUUGCAGGGUGGGGAGGUCUGCAUCCUAGGAUAACAUCCCCGUGCAAACCUUUUAGAGAAGAGGCCUGUUGUUCUCUUUUUACCACAGAUCUGGCAAACGCUAACCCAUUUUUUUAACGGCCCCUCAAAACAUUUCUGUGAGAAAUAUGAACUAAUAAAAGGGAAAAUACAAAAGCUCUGAAUAGAC